UACGGUCAAACCACGUGUGGACACUUCCUGCAAGGGGCGGGGCCUGUUCAAGCUAAAGCUGGGUUUGAAAUGUUUUUAAGAUAUGGAAGAUUUACCUGCUGUUGUUAAAGGUUUUCUUCUAAACCACCCUUACCUUGAACUUACAGACAGCAAAAAGAUCAAAUGCACACUGAAUGGCCAUGAGAUUCCAUGCAAGCUGGAUGAGCUGCAAAAGUUCACCCAGGGCAAAAAGUAUAAGAAACUGCGUGCUGAGGCAGAUUUCAACUACAGCCAAUAUGAACCACACGUUGUGGCGAGCACCAAACAACCUAAUCGGUUCUUCUGUAAACUGACAGUCAAACACCUCAACCGGGAUCCACAAGAUGUCCUAAAACAUGUCAACGGGAAACGCUACAAGAAGGCCUUGUCCAAAUAUGAAGAAUGUGUGCAGCAGGGGAUCGAAUUUGUUCCAGCCAGACUCCAGCAGAAAAAACCAAAAGAGGACGGAGAGGAUGUCGAGCAGAGAAAGGCCACGAAACACAGGAACAUGUGGAUGCCCUCAUCCAGCGAUGAAGACGAUGACCACAGCGACUCAGAAGAUAGCAUGAGCGACCUUUAUCCUCCUUCUAUGUUCACUCUGAAAACCUCAAAAGAAUCAAAUGUGGUGGAUGAAAAGGAAGAGAAAGAUUUCCAAACGGAUGAAGAUGAGGAAAUGGAGGUGGACCAGCAAGUAAUGCCGAAACGCAAGAAGGUGCAGGGUGGUCAACAUAAGAAGAAAUUCAGAAAUUCCCACUGGAAAUCAAGUCAUCCUAAGAAACACGGAAAGGCACAAAAUGGGAAGUGAAAUACCCUAUGUGUCACAUUUGUACAGUAUUUUCAUAACUGUUACUUUACCAGAGAACACUGCGUUGUCUGAGAACGGAACUCUCGGCCCGUCGUCAUUGAAAGAAAGCCAUUCAGUGUUUUCUCGUGUUGUUCAAAUGAAAAGUUGCAUAACAAAUGGACUGAGAACUGCUGUGGCUAAAAUGAGGACUGGACAAGUUGAUUGUUUUUGUUUUCCUCCAUAGAAUACAAGUUUUGGAUUUGCACUCAUUGUCUCUGUUUUUAAUUAUUCAAAUUAUGAAGCUGCUCUGAAAGAAUGCCAUUUUAAAAUAUGGCUAUGAGUAGUGGUGGACAUUAUAGACAUAAAAUUCUCAUUUCAUGCUGAUUUUUUUGUGAUAAUAUAAAAGAACACAUGAAAAUUGUGCCAUUCAUUACACUAACCUGUGGCCAAAGUCAACUGUAGCACUCAGUAUGCUAUUGUGUGCACAUCUGGUUAUUCUUGUGCAUGAGGUGUAUACAGUGAAGGGAUUCACAUAUUCAUAUGUAAUAUCCCAUAGCUGUCUGAAACCUGUUGGUAGAGGAUGCUGGCUUGAUGCAUUUGGAGCAGGUUUGGUCAGUGAGACAGUUUCACAUGGAACUGUACUAAAUCAAAAGUAACAUUACAUUUCACAGUGAUUACUUUCUGAUGUUUAAAUAGCACCGUCACAAGUCCACCCAAUGGGAUGGAUUUAUUUUAAUUAGUUUGUAUUAGUACUUAAAUUGUAAGUAUUACAACCAUUUUGUGCAUCAAGCUAUUAAGUAUUUGUUCUAAUGGUGAGUUUCCAACCUCUGCAUUGUUGUGCACGAGCACACUUGAACAGUGUUAAUGGGUGCAGUCUGCAGAAAUGUCCUGCAAUUUUUUUUUUUUUGUUGCUGUCAUCAAUUGCAUGCAUAAUUCACUGUGUGUUGCGUGUACACAUAUUUGAUGUGCAUCUGCUUGUGAGAAUAUCAGACAAGUUUUGCAUUUGGUUGCAAGAUGUCAUCUUUGAAAAAGUACUUUUUAUUUUUUCAAGAAAUGUCAAAUCCAACAGCAGGAGUUUU